AUGUCCUCCAGUGGCACCCUCAGCAACUACUACGUGGAUUCGCUCAUAGGCCAUGAGGGCGACGAGGUGUUCGCCGCGCGCUUCGGACCUCCAGGGCCUGGCGCGCAGGGCAGGCCCGCAGGUGUGGCCGACAGCCCAGCCGCCGCCGCCGCCGAGUUUGCCUCGUGUAGUUUUGCCCCCAAAUCGGCCGUGUUCUCCGCCUCGUGGUCCGCGGUGCCCGCCCAGCCCCCGGCGGCGGCGGCGAUGAGCGGCCUCUACCACCCUUACGUGCCCCCGCCGCCCCUGGCUGCCGCUGCUUCCGAGCCCGGCCGCUACAUGCGCUCCUGGAUGGAGCCGCUGCCCGGCUUUCCGGGCGGCCCGGGCGGCGGCGGCGGAGGCGGCCCGGGUCCCGGUCCCAGCCCUGGCCCCAGCGGCCCACCCAACGGGCGCCACUACGGGAUUAAGCCUGAAACCGGAGCGGCCUCGGCCCCUGCCGCCGCCGCCGCCGCCGCUGCCGCCACUUCCACCUCCUCCUCCACUUCUUCGUCUUCCUCUUCUAAACGGACUGAGUGCUCCGCAGCCCGGGAGUCCCAGGGGAGCGGCGGUCCCGAGUUCCCGUGCAACUCGUUCCUACGGGACAAGGUGGCAGCGGCGUCUGGGGGAUCCGGGCCCGGGGCAGGGAUCGGGUCCGGGUCCGGGUCUGGGGCAGGCGGCUCAUCGGAGCCUUCGGCUUGCAGCGACCACCCGAGCCCAGGCUGCCCGCUGAAGGAGGAGGAGAAGCAGCACCCGCAGCCGCCGCAGCAGCAACUUGACCCAAACAACCCCGCAGCAAACUGGAUCCACGCUCGCUCUACCCGGAAAAAGCGCUGUCCCUACACCAAAUACCAGACGCUUGAGCUGGAGAAGGAAUUCCUCUUCAAUAUGUACCUCACCCGGGACCGGCGUUAUGAGGUGGCAAGGAUUCUGAACCUCACAGAGAGACAGGUCAAAAUCUGGUUCCAGAAUCGUAGGAUGAAAAUGAAAAAGAUGAGCAAGGAAAAAUGCCCCAAAGGAGACUGACUCGGCGAGGCGCCGUUGGGACCACUCUGCUUUGCAAUGGCAGUGGGGUUUUUUCUUUGUGGGUGCUUGAUUUCCAGAAAUUCUCUAGCGAUUGGACAUCUCCCCCACCCCCUUUUUUAGGUAGAAGUGACUGUGUGGUUGGUCUCUGUGCGGUAUUUUGGGGAACUCUGUAUUUGCUCGCUUAUGUCUUGGAGAAACCAAGUGGCUUUGGGGUUUUGCCCUAUCACGCUCCCCCGUUUCCUGCCCAUUGGUUCCUUAGGAAAUGCUAUAUUUUGUGAGUGCACGACAGCUUGAGGAGCCCUGUCCUGUGUAAAUGUUCCCCAUGUUUCUGAAAAGUGCUGUAGUUUAGCCCCCAGUGCUGUUCAAGCAGGGGCCAAGCGCACCCCACUUCCAAGAGCGAAGGCAGAGCAAGGAGAGUGAGGAGGCCCUCCCAGGCCGAGCCCUGGGUGGUGUUGCCCACUGGUUAUGAAAGCGCCCUUUCCUCAGGGAGCCUCCCCUGAGACUUGGAAUGAGAGAGGAGCCCAGGGCCUCCGGUAGGUUGGGGGUUUCUUCUCAGUGCACUGGGGAAGCCACUCUCUCCCUGGGAGGCUUGGCUCCUGUGGGCGGCCGCGGGUGUAAGGCUCUCCCGGUUCCUGCCUGAGGACCAGUUGUAAAUGUUACCGCUUCCUACCAAUAAAUGAUAACCUGAUCAAAUGGAGCCCAGAUGCUGGCCCUGAA